AAUCCGUAUCGUUUUCCAUUCGCUGACUUUCAGUUAACCAAUCCCAACUUUUUUAUUCGAGAGAAUAUAUAAAUUAUAAGUUGUAAAUUGGUUUGCACAAACUUUAGCUCCAUUCGCCAUGCAUACCACGGUGUGGCUCGGUGAUGUGGUUUGCCACAUUUGGCACACGUAUCUGAAAAUAAUAUUAAACUACGAAACAUUCUCCAUCUGGAACUUCCCGACUAAUUUGGAUGGAAAGACGAUGCUUGCAGGCCCCUUUGUUUGCAGCUCCGAGGCGAUGUUCCCCUACAUCUUCUACUAUAUCCUCGGCAUCAGUGUCCUUGGGGUGCUUUACAAUUUCCUAGAGCUCUUCAACCUUUUCUUCGCGAGGCGCGGCACACAUCUGGUGAGGAUGUGGCGGCCACGGACUAUCACGCAUUUCAGGGACACGCAAUUGCGCCGUUUUCGAAUCGUCGGAACCAUUAUAAUGUUUAAAGCGUGGGCACUACUGCUAUACGCCCUGGUAAACAUCCAGCCGAAUUACAUGACUCCCUGGGUGAUGAUUUUCGGCACCGCCAUAGCCAUCGACACGUUCUUUUGGACGUUGGAUGUCCUAUUGUGGCAGGCGCAGCGUCAGCGCUCCUUGCUGAUCCUUUUGUUUCCGUUGACCAACUUGUACUGUGUCCUUUGCGUGCGGGCGACCCUCAAGCAACUGAUCGAGCAUUACGGUACGCAGGAUCUUGUUUGGUGGACAUGACGAUUUUGAGCAAAAUAAAUUGAAAUUGUCAAAAGAAGUGAAUGCAAAGUACUAUUUUACUAGGUUUUACGCCAUAAUCUAAAAGUCGUAUUAACAGAAAUGAACCAUUUGAAAACAA